GAGUCACUUUGGAUCUACUGCAGUGGCGACUCCCAAUGACACAGAAUUUUGCUGUUCAGUGAGCCAAAUACCUGCCCUGUUGUUUUGGGUUGGGCGGGAGCGAGGGGGAGCAUUGAAGCGCUACAUACACCCAAGACAUGACGCUCCUUUCCACAGCUUUGUCCCGUCAUUCACUUGGAACAAGGCUGCCUUUAGUCUCCAGUUCUUCAAAAAUGGAUUUGAAAGCUACACGUUCUGGAGGAAUACGUCCCAAAGCUGCCUGGUCACUAUUCCUAAUGCUUGGCUGCUUCAGCUGAAAUACCUUGGUCGAUACUUUUCCAUUACUCUGGUGUGUUGGGUUCCUGUUUGGAUUUGAGCACGGGCAACGUCCUGGAGAGCAUCAGGAGCAUCUCUGCAGGGCGCCUGUGCUGGGCAGGGAGGUCUUGUCGGAACCGCUCUCAGGAAUCCACGGUCUAUGAGAGAAGGUAACUCAGGAAAACGCUGCAGAAUUGGAGCUGAAUAUACAGUCUUCUAGAAAAGAAACCAGCAACCCUUAAAAGCGCACCUUUGGACUGGAGCUGUGUUUUUGGGAAGACUAUGGAUAGGCACCAGAGUUGGCAGCGGAGCUGUCUGAAUGCUGCCUUUUUUAUGCUGCUGUGGAGCGGCGUUUCCCACGCACAGAGGGACUGCACAGGCGUGGAGUGCCAGCCCUUGGACAACUGCAUCGAGGACGUGCUGGAGCCUGGUGAGUGCUGCGCCACAUGUCUGCAGCACGGCUGCACAUGUGAAGGCUACCAGUACUAUGACUGCGUCAAUGUGGGCUUCGUCAAUGGCAAAGUACCCGAAGGGCAGUCUUACUUUGUGGACUUCGGAAGCACUGAGUGUUCGUGCCCCAAGGGAGGGGGUAAGAUCAGCUGCCAGUUCAUGCUGUGCCCAGAGUUGCCCCCAAACUGCAUUGAUGCAGUGGUGCCAGCGGACGGGUGCCCUCAAUGUGGAAGAAUAGGCUGCCUCCACGAGGGCCAGAAAUACGUAGCAGGACACACCUUCCACAUGCCCCCGUGCAAGGUCUGCCAUUGCCCAAAUGCUGGUGGCGAGCUGAUGUGCUACCAGCUUCCCAACUGUAACACGUUUGCCUUAAACACCGUGAGUCCCAUGGAUGCUGAAGAUAAUGAACCAGAGAGGCACUACGAUGAUCCGUACAGCUACGACCAGGAGGCACCAGAAGGAGACAACGCCCAGGUGGAAUCUCCAAAAAAAUACAGGAGCUAUUCUUCCCAUCUCGAGCAGGAGAGCAUCAGCCAAGAGCAAAGUGAGGAUUACGACUACCUACCAGUCAGCAUUGCUCCUUCAAGUUCAGCUGUGGCUGGUAUGUAUGCUGAGGAAACAACCACUCCGCUCACCACACCAGCACCGAAGCUUCUCUCUGAAUUUCGCAGUGCCACUGAAAGAACUGAGUGGAAGAGGGUGCCCAGCACCACUGCACCACCCCCCCAGCAAACAACGCAUAAGGAAGCCCCAGUAACAACCAGUGCUCCUCUGGAGCACACCACAGCCACCACUGAGACACCCAAACAGCUGGGGAAACCGGACAGGAGACCAAAGGGGAAGCAGGGGGACAAGGAAAGGAGUGAGCAAGAAAGAACACCCCAUUCUAAAAUGAAAAAGCACACCAGAAAAGAAGACCCAGGGAACAGUAUUCAUCUAGACUUAAAAGAGGUGAAUUUAACAGAACCAAGCUCAGCAAAAUCUUCCCAGGAAACACAUGAGGGAAAUGCCUUUCCCAAGGUAAAGUUCAGUGCAACAACCUCUCCUCCUGUUGCUCUAAAGGAAGACCGUAGUCAGUCAUCCCAAAAGCAGUCACAGACACUGUAUCGUUACCAUCCUGAGGAAGAUGGGGACCCCAACUCUAUUCACGCUAACCCCAGAUUACCAGAAGGUUCUACAAAGGAACUGAUUGAGAGCUGCUGUGGAGCUGGACAGCAGUGGGCUAUAGACAACGGGGAGUGCACAGAAACUCCUAUCAGUGGAGUGGAUGGUGAUAUUUGCAGAAUUGCUCAGAAGCAGUGUUGCAUCUCCACCGUCAAGGAGAACAGCUGCCUGGCUGGCAUGAUUGCUGCAAAGGAGGGAGAUGCGUGUGGACCAGAGGAAAGCGAUACCUGUGGAGGAUCCUCAUAUAAGCAAUGCUGUGAUUGCUGCAAUCUGGGCCUGCGAUUAAGGAGUGAGGGGAAAACCUGUGAGUCCAACAUAAAUCUGGGCUACCCCUGCAGCCACGUGAUGCUGUCCUGCUGUGAAGGCGGAGAUCACUUCAUCCAUCCAGAAAUUAAAAAGCAUCCUGAACCUUCGCCAACUGCAACACCUGAGAAGAUUUCAGAGACAGAAGAUCACAAUGAAGCUUUGUCCAUCAGUAAUGAAGCCGAACUGUCAAAUAACCUGCCUGGAGAUGACCUGGAUGAAUGUCUUCUGUAUGGUGGGGAACUCUGUCAGCAUUUGUGUAUAAACACUGUGGGGUCCUACAAGUGUUCAUGUUUCCCAGAAUUUACUUUGCAAGAAGAUGGGACCAGCUGCUCUCCAGAUCCUGACCGAGGACAGGUGACAAGGCUGGAAGUAGAAGCCACUAUCCCUCCAGCAGCCUCUCCUCAGCCUCUUCUCAUUGUGUCCUUACAAGAAGAGCAGGAUAAGUGUAAAGAUAACGGCCCCUGCAAGCACAUCUGCAGCGUUAUGGAAGGAAAUGUUGUAUGCUCGUGUUUGUCCGGAUAUACUAUCAUGGCUGAUGGGAUUUCUUGUGAAGACAUCAACGAAUGCGUAACGGAUGCGCACACCUGCCAGCGGAGAGAGCACUGCGUCAACACGAUGGGAUCAUUUAAAUGCCUCCAGGAAUUGAGCUGUCAGCCAGGUUAUGAACUUAAGGAUGGAGAAUGUGUUGAUAUUGAUGAGUGCGAGAGAGGAACCCACAGCUGCAAAGUAAACUUCGUUUGUCAGAAUACAGAAGGGUCAUUCUACUGUGAGUCAAAGCAGCGUUGCAUGGAUGGAUUUUUACAAGAUCCUGAGGGAAACUGUGUUGAUAUUAAUGAAUGCACAUCUCUUCCUGAGCCAUGUAAGCCAGGAUUCAACUGCAUCAAUACUGUCGGGUCUUACACCUGCCAGAGGAACAUGUUGACAUGCAGCAGAGGCUACCACUCCAAUGAGGAUGGAACUCGAUGUGUUGAUGUGGAUGAAUGUCAGACUGGUGUACACCGCUGUGGCGAAGGACAGAUUUGUCAUAAUCUUCCUGGGGCUUAUCGCUGUGACUGCAAGAUGGGCUAUCAGUAUGAUGCAUUCAGCAGGAGCUGCAUUGAUAUAAAUGAGUGCUGGAAUUACCCUGGACGCCUGUGUCAGCACACGUGUGAGAACACCCCCGGGUCCUACCAUUGCACUUGUUCUUCUGGUUUCCACUUGUCUUAUGAUGGAAAGCAUUGCGAAGAUGUGAAUGAAUGUGAUACAAGUCCCUGCAGCCAGGAGUGUGCCAAUGUUUACGGUUCCUAUCAGUGUUACUGCAGGCAAGGUUUCCAGCUGGCAGAAGAUGGCCAUUCUUGUAAAGAUAUCGAUGAGUGCACGCAAAGCGCAGGCAUUCUUUGCACUUUCCGCUGUGUGAAUGUUCCUGGCAGUUACCAAUGCGCUUGUCCUGAGCAGGGAUACACCAUGGCAGCAAAUGGAAGGACCUGUCGAGACAUUGAUGAAUGCGCAAUAGGAACCCACAACUGUUCAGCUGCGGAGUCCUGCUAUAACAUCCAGGGCAGUUUCCGCUGCCUGUCCUUUGAGUGCCCCUCCAACUACAGAAAGGUGUCUGACAUGAGGUGUGAACGAAUCAGCUGCUUUAAUUAUCUGGACUGCCAAAAUACUCCAGUGCGCAUCACCUAUUACCAGCUGAACUUCCAAACCAACAUCAUGGUCCCAGCACACAUUUUCCGUAUUGGACCAUCGCCUGCCUAUGCUGGAGACAACAUAAUCCUUACGAUCAACAAAGGAAAUGAAGAAAACUACUUCAGCACUCGGAGGCUGAACUCAUACACGGGCAUUGUCUAUCUUCAGCGACAGGUCAAAGAGCCCAAAGACUUUUUGUUAGAUGUUGAAAUGAAACUGUGGCGUCAGGGAACGUACACUACUUUUCUUGCCAAAAUUUACAUUUUCAUCACAGCUCAUACAUACUGAAGCAUGUAUUGACAUUGGAAUUUAUUGGUGCUAUGCUCUUUACCUGUUCUACCAAAGCUUAAUAUUGUUGAACUGGCAUUUAACAUAUCUAGCCUUUAUGUUAUUUUCCUGUCAUUGCUUUAAACUUUUUUUUAUUGGUUGUGUAAAUUAAGUUAAUUUUUUUCUUUGUUGUUUUGCUUUCUUAUAUAAUUCUUCACAUCGUCAUUUGACAAUGAGCAAAAGGAGGGUUAGGAAGGCAGUACAUACAUUGUGUUACAUGCAAGAAUCUUUUCUUAGAAAUUACUUUUAGGUUUAGUCACAUCUACAAGGUAUUGCACUAGAGAGGAGAGAUGUCCACUUGGGAACAUUGCUUUUUGCAUUAGGAGAAAAAGGCUUGAGCAGUUUCUCUUUAGUACACAAACUUACGUUUUGGCCACUGAAGUUUUUCUUUGCUGAGAUACUGUGUCAAGGGCUGUGCAUAUACGUUGACAGUUGACUCACCUCAUAUUACAGGUUUGUUUUUCUCCUUCCAUCUUUUAUAAUAUGUUGCCUUAAAAUAUAUAUAAAUAAAAGAAAACCACCAGUGAA